UAUAUUCUGCCUUCCACUCCUGAAAUGCCCCAUAAUGUAUUUUAUGCUAACAAUGGUAUACAGGCAGCCAGUGGCACCUAUAACAGAGUUGUUAUUAGCAGGAGAGGAGGCAUUAUCUACCUGCUUUUUGCAACACACAUGAUCUCUUGCAACUUGUAGCAUGUGCCAAUAUGCCAACUGAGCCUUUUACCAAUUGCUGCCAGCCACUUUGCAUGGACACCAGCAUUAAUGUCAGCCUGAACCUGAUGGCAAUUCCAAGUUUCCCAAUAGCUGAAAGUAUCAGGUGCCAUUGAUUACAAAUUCCAGCAUCUCCCUUUUUAUUGGCAGAAUGUGGAACACGGCAGCUGUUAUCUCGCAUCAUGGGAGGGCAAAAUUCACAGCCAGCACAAACCCACCUUCAUUCUACACAGUUUUUCUUGGGUCCUACCAGACAAGUGUGGCAAAUGCCAAUGAGACUUCAAUGACAAUCAAAAGAUUUAUUAAUCAUCCUAAUUAUACUUCGGCUGAAACCGGGGCUGAUAUUGCCCUUGUGGAACUCAUCAGUGAUGUGCUUUACACAAACUACAUCCAACCAGUUUGUCUUCCCUCAGUUGGGGUGUCUUUACCAACUGGCCUACCGUGCUGGGUGACUGGCUGGGGAAAUAUCGCAAGUAAUGUCAGCCUUCCAGAACCCAAUACCCUUCAGGAACUGACAGUGCCUCUGAUUGAUAACCAGAAGUGCAACACUUUACUUCAGACUCCAUCUUCUAAAGGAGAACCAAGUUCAAAUGUGAUUUUAAAUGACAUGCUAUGUGCUGGGUACAUCGAUGGUGGAAAAGAUUCCUGCCAGGGUGACUCUGGUGGACCUUUGGUAUGUGCUGAAGCCAGUCGCUGGUAUUUGGCAGGAGUUGUGAGUUUUGGUGAGGGGUGUGGACAACCAAAUCGUCCUGGAGUGUAUGUCCGGCUGACUGUAUAUUAUGACUGGAUUCUGUCAUAUGUUCCUGAGGUCUCGACCAAUAUUCAUAAUGUGUCCUUCACAAGUCCUUUGAUUUCUCUCUAUAGUGGAGUCACAACCACAGCCAUGACCACCAAAGUUUCUGUCUGUGCCUGCCCAUAAUGGCUGCAUAUAAUCAUAACAGCUGCUCAGUUCCAGUAUAUAUAUAUAUAUAUAUAUAUAUAUCUGCAAACAGUUGUGGUUGUUAAACAUCAAAGCCAUCAAAGAUAUCUGUUUGUUAUUUUGUAAAAAAGUGUCUUUCCCAAGAAAAUCUUAAUUUCUGUCAUUAGUUUUAGGGAAACAGUAUUGUAAAUGUCUCAUUUGAAACUGUUUUGGCCAUCACUACUUUACCCUGUUCAUUGAAUACAGCAAUAAAUGCAUACAUUAUUUUUAUAGAAAUUAUGACAAGUCUGCAAGUUGGCAUGUGUAUUAAACUGCCAAACCAGUUAGCAGUAACCAUUUUCAAAUAGUCAUCACUAGUACUGCAUUGGUUAGAAUGGGUUUUGAAUUUUUAUUCAAAAAUAAGCUCCUGCUUUGAGGCCACUGGGAGCAACAUCCAAGGGGUUGGAGAGCAACAUGUUACUCAUGAGCUACUGGUUGGAGAUCACUGGAUUAGACAAAGUUCUGAUGGUUUCUUGCCCAGCUCAUGUAUGUGUGUAUGUGUAAAUAAAUAAGACUCUGGAAAAAAAAGGAAAAUA